AACAUGAACAAAGUACAGAAGGUAUGCGAAACUGCUGAGACCAGUCUCUUCAAUGCUGUAUUGGUCGUGAAAGAACUUGACGAGAGGCUAGUGGACAUCAUCAAACAUUCCAACCAAAAUCAAGAUAUACCUGCCAUAUCUGAUGAUAAACAGCCAGCCAGAGAAGUUGAAAAUAAUGAUGGCCAAUCUACUUCGAAAGAUGGCAUUGAUGAGGACAAAUGUUCAGUAGACACAGAUCACAAAGCUGAUAAGAGAAAACAAAUUGAUAGAGAUACAGUAAGAAAAACUCCCGAUGAGGCUGUGAAGGUGAACAGUAUUGAUAACAUAGACUUUGGUCUAGCAGCUGAGGUUGCUAAGGACCCAUACAAUACUGCACUUAUAAUGUCUGCUUCUAAAACAAGAGGCAGACAACGUGGCAUGGCAAAACGUGGGGGAAUGGGACGGGGAAUGGCACGCUAUCGUCCACCAGUUCUAGUUUAUGAGGCUGAAGGGGAAGACAGUGAAAGUGCAAUGUCAGCAGAAGAGUUAGAGACACAUUAUGAAAAUGCAUACAGGGCCAUUGACAAACUUAAAGGUCAUAGGCAACAGCUACCUAACUGUGACAGGGAUGUACCCAAACAUAGCAUUACCAAACAACAGUCCCCAAGACAGGAGAGGAGCCAUAAAGACAUUGAUAUGCGAAUUGGUAGGGACUCUAUGCAACAAGAACCAGCAGUCAUAAGUCCCUUCCAUGCCCACUUGACCAACUCCAUAAAGCAAGGCAACUGGGAUAAUCAAGCACAACAAACUGCUGGUGAUCCAUCACACAUUAAACACCAUUCUGACCCCUAUAUGCAGGCCAUUGAGGAUAUGGAUUACUCUAAAAACAAGGAAGUCAUAACAAUACAGACUCUUCAGGAGGCACUUGAAAAUAUGCCUCAAGAUGAUCCUUGUAAGAUUGCCAUGCAACUAAGCAUUAAUACCCUGAUUAGUAAACUACCUAUUGACUGUAAAGAAUAUCUGAAUCGAUGUAGGAAAGAAACCGCAGGUACAACAUCUAGCACACAUGUUAAUGACAAAGACAGCAUGGUGAUUUCUGGUGAUCAGACUGAGUCACAAACUGCUCACUUCCAACCUAGUGCUGUAGCUGUCCCUGAUGCAAAACUAGAUCAGAUUACAUUAAGUCCUAGAGUGAAUAAUACACAAAAUCAGGUAAAUGAUGUACAAGAAGAUGUGAAAAGGAGCUUCUGUCAUGAUGACAGCAGUAAGAUUGACGUAUUUGAACCAAUUGCCAUGGAAAUUUCUGCCAUAGAUGGUACUUCACCAUCUAGAAACACUGCAUCCCCGCUGCAACCUACACAUACAACUUUAACUGCACUGUCCUCUAUGAAAGAACCUUCAACCUCCACAGAACUAAUGUCUGAGUUUCAGAAUCUACAGCUGAUAUUGCAAAAGCUACAACUGUUGUCUCAAAUUCUACAAC